UCAAACCCACAUUGAGCUUCCGGUAUUUGGAGAUCCGAAGAUGCCUGAGCCAGCGAAGUCCGCACCCGCCCCGAAAAAGGGCUCCAAGAAGGCCGUCACCAAGGCUCAGAAGAAAGACGGCAAGAAGCGCAAGCGCAGCCGCAAGGAGAGCUACUCCGUGUACGUGUACAAGGUGCUGAAGCAGGUACACCCCGACACCGGCAUCUCCUCCAAGGCCAUGGGCAUCAUGAACUCGUUCGUCAAUGACAUCUUCGAGCGCAUCGCGGGCGAGGCUUCUCGCCUGGCGCAUUACAACAAGCGCUCGACCAUCACGUCCCGGGAGAUCCAGACGGCUGUGCGCCUGCUGCUGCCUGGGGAGCUGGCCAAGCACGCCGUGUCCGAGGGCACCAAGGCCGUCACCAAGUACACAAGCUCCAAGUGAAAUGAACAUCCAAGAGGAGUAGACCUGACAUCUUUUCUACGACUCAUCAGUGCUGCAUGUUGUUUCCUUUGACAAAUGAGACAAUGAAAAUGGGUGAUACUAGCAGACUAGUGGCUGUAUUUUCAAAACUUGAGGAACAACUGAUAAGCAUCUGGCUCAAAAUUCUAUAAAAAAUGUUCAUUGUAGAAAUUUGUGAUAAGAAAGUAGAAAAUUAAAAUAUUCCUAGUAAAAUUAAAAUACUCCUAGCAAAACAAAGCUUUUGAAAAUUCAUGUUAAUAUGUAAUGUACAUAUAAUAAAAAUAUCAUGUAAAGCAAAAAUGCCUUACAAAUAUGUAAUUUUAAUUAGGUAAAUACGGUUAGAAAUUGUGAUAUAUGGGAGUGAAUCACUACAUAUGUAACUAGUUUUGUGUUUUUGGUUACUUUAAGAUCCUUUUUUUGUGGAAUAUAGAGCACACAAAUCACAAAUUUUCAUUUAUAAAUCCUCCCUUUUUUCUUGUUGAGGGGAAAAACUUAGGUCAACGAACUGAGAUAGGCUAAGGGUGUAGCUAGAGUGCAUGCGUGUCAUGUGCAAGGUCCUGUGCUCAAUCCCCAGCAGUAUUGUUUGAAAAGGAAAAGGAAAAAGAAAGGGCAGGCAGGUAUGAUGGUGGUCACCUGUAACCCCGUGACUGAGAAAGGAGGUAAGACAAAAAGGCUGUGGAUGGAAGGGCAGCCUGGGCUUCAUAGUCCCGCACUGUGAGACAAAACAACAAAUGUGGACAGGUUUGUGCAUAUGUGAUUGUUUUUAGCGGCCUGGAACAAAAUUUGCAUCCAAGUUCUUUUUCUAGAUUUUCAAUUAUAGAACACAAGAAUUCAUUAUAUUUGCCAGUUCCGUGUUACUUUUAAAGCAAUAGAAUAAUACACUCUGUCAAUCUGUAAAGGUCUAUCUGAUGCUUGUAUGGCACUGACAGUUAAUGGUCCAGAAAGUCUGUAGGUGAUCUAGGAUCAGAGAAACCAAACUGAUAACAAAUCCAUAGGGUGCUCAGAGGGACACACACAUUUUCACAGUGGAAGAUCACAUUGCACUGGCAAGGUGGAAAUCAGUCUCAUGACUCCCAACUGGUAGGGUUUUUUGUUUUUGAUUUUCCCAAAUGAAAUACACUAGAAUAAAAUAUAUGAAUUCAGGUA